ACGCGCGGAGACAAAGAACCCCCGCCCCUCGCGCCGCAUGUAGGCCGCCGGGCGCGGGGUCUCGGACCGGGCGGGGUCCCUCUCUCCCCGCCUCCCCUCCGCCCCCGUAGGGGAGGUGCCGGCUUUGUGCUCGCCGCGCCGCAGCCCCCGCUGCCGCCGCCGCCAGCUCCACCAGCUCCGCCCUCCGGGCGCCGGCGUGCCAGCGCGGCUUUGUCCCCUCCAACACGGCCUCCGCGGCACCAUGAUCUCGACCAAGGAGAAGAAUAAAACCCCGAAGGACAGCAUGACGCUUCUGCCCUGCUUCUAUUUCGUGGAGCUGCCCAUAGUGGCAUCCUCCAUCGUGUCUCUCUACUUCCUGGAGCUGACUGACCUCUUCAAGCCGGCCAAGGUGGGUUUCCAGUGCUACGACCGCACGCUCUCCAUGCCCUACGUGGAGACCAGCGAGGAGCUUAUCCCGCUGCUCAUGCUCCUCAGCUUGGCCUUUGCCGCGCCGGCAGCCUCGAUCAUGGUGGGCGAGGGCGUGCUGUACUGCCUGCAGUCCCGGCUGUGGGGCCGCGGUGGGGGCCCAGGUGGGGCCGAGGGCAGCAUCCAUGCUGGCGGUUGCAACUUCAACUCCUUCCUUCGGCGGACGGUGCGCUUUGUGGGGGUCCACGUAUUUGGCUUGUGUGCCACGGCCCUGGUGACUGACGUCAUCCAGCUGGCCACGGGCUACCAUGCACCCUUCUUCCUGACCGUCUGCAAACCCAACUACACCCUGCUGGGCACAUCGUGUGAGGCCAACCCCUACAUCACGCAGGAUAUCUGCUCCGGCCAUGAUGCCAACGCCAUCCUGUCUGCUCGGAAGACCUUCCCAUCCCAGCACGCCACCCUGUCUGCCUUUGCAGCCGUCUAUGUGUCGAUGUACUUCAACUCUGUCAUCUCAGACACCACCAAGCUGCUGAAGCCCAGCCUGGUGUUCUCCUUUGCCAUUGCGGCGGGUGUCUGUGGCCUCACCCAGAUCACACAGUACCGGAGCCACCCUGUGGAUGUGUACGCCGGCUUCCUCAUUGGUGCUGGCAUCGCUGCCUACCUGGCUUGCCAUGCAGUGGGCAACUUCCAGGCCCCACCCUCAGAGAAGCCAGUGGCCCUGGCGCCUGCCAAGGAUGCACUGCGGGUACUGACCCAGCGGGGCCACGACUCGGUGUACCAGCAGAACAAGUCAGUGAGCACAGAUGAGCUGGGCCCGCCUGGGCGGCUGGAGGGUGUACCCCGGCCCGUGGCCCGUGACAAGACCUCACUGGGCAGCCUGAAGCGGGCCAGUGUGGACGUGGACCUGCUGGCCCCUCGCAGCCCCAUGGGCAAAGAAAACAUGGUGACCUUCAGCCACACGCUGCCCCGUGUCAGUACACCCUCGCUGGACGACCCAGCCCGCCGCCACAUGACCAUCCACGUGCCCCUCGAUGCCUCACGCUCCAAACAGCUCAUCAGCGAGUGGAAGCAGAAGUCACUGGAGGGCCGUGGCUUGGGGCUUCCAGAUGAGGCCAGCCCUGGGCACCUCCGAGCACCCGCUGAGCCCAUGGCAGAGGAGGAGGAGGAAGAAGAAGAGGAGGACGAGGAGGAGGAGGAGGAGGAGGAGGAGGGAGAGGAAGGCGGUCCGGCCCCACCUUCACUCUACCCUACUGUCCAGGCCCGGCCAGGGCUUGGGCCCAGGGUCAUUCUCCCUCCAAGGGCUGGUCCACAGCCACUGGUGCACAUCCCUGAGGAGGGGGCCCAGGCUGCAGCCAGCCUGUCCCCGAAGAGCAGUGCAGCGGUGCGUGCCAAGUGGCUCAUGAUGGCUGAGAAGAGUGGAGCCCCGAUGGCCGCAGCUUCUACCCAGCCUCGCGUGGCCAACCCACCCCGGCUGCUUCAGGUCAUUGCCAUGUCCAAGGCGCCAGGUGGGCCUGGCCCCAAGGUGGCUGAGACGGCCUCAUCCUCCAGUGCUAGCUCUGACUCUUCCCAGUACAGGUCACCUUCAGACCGCGACUCAGCCAGCAUUGUCACCAUCGAUGCGCACGCUCCCCACCACCCUGUGGUCCACUUGUCUGCGGGUAAUGGGCCCUGGGAGUGGAAGGCAGCAGGUGGCGGGGCCAAGGGGGCAGAGGGCGAGGGCACCUAUGAGCUGGGGGACCUGGCCCGGGGCUUCCGUGGGGGGCCCAAGCCUUCAGGGGUGUCCCCAGGAUCAUCGGUUAGUGAUGUGGAUCAGGAAGAGCCACGGUUUGGGGCCGUGGCCACUGUCAACCUGGCCACUGGAGAGGGGCUGCCUCCCCUGGGCAUGGCUGAUGGGGCACUGGGGCCAGCAAGCCGGGAGUCAACGCUGCGGCGUAAAGCAGGCAGCUUGGCACUAGGUGAGCGCGAGGCCAUGGAGGCAGAGGCAGAAGGCUACUAUCGCAAGCUGCAGGCAGCCCGCAGGUUCAAGGACUGAGGGG